AUGUCCGCCGUACGUGAGCUUGAGAGUGGCUCUCGCAGCACCACUGGAAAAUGGACACCAUUUGACUGGGACGAUCCAAUCCAUGGGCCUCAACAGAAAGGAGAAGUGGUGGUCAUUCGCACUGGAGGCACGUCUGGGACCCUGGCUUCAGGUCUGUGGCGCACAGGUGCCGUGAUGCCCGGGUGCAACGCCGACGGCACAUGCGACGUCAUCUACUCGGCGCCGCUCGGUGACGAGACGAUGCUGAUCUUAGAAGGGUCGUCGGAGGUGACGGUGACGGCGACGGGCAAGAAGUAUCACUUCGAAGCAGGUUCCAUUCUGUCGCAUCCGAAGCACGUCGACCUAUCCUGGCACGUCAAUGCACCGUUUCUGAAGAAAUUCUGGACAAUCUGGGACUGCCCCAUCCCAGGAACCAAAGAAGACGACUUGUAUGUAGGCCACAUCAACGACAACCCGGCCUCCUGGACGCCGUUCUCCUGGGAUGAGCCGGGAGUAGGCCCGCAGACGGCUGGCGAAGUCAGUCUGGUGCGAAACAGAGGGUCGACCGGGACUUUACAGGUCGGUCUUUGGCGCACGGGACCCGGUAUGCCAGGCUGUAAGCCGGACGGCUCCGCGGUUUUCCCCUACAGUGCCCCCCUUGGGGACGAGACUAUCAUGGUACUGGAAGGCCAGGUGACCGUCACCGAGGAUGAGAGCGGAAAGACGAGCUCCUUCCAAGCCGGGGACAUCGUGGCCCUGCCAUCAGGCCUGAAGAUCACUUGGACCUCCGUUGGGCCGUUUGUGAAGACAUUCUUCGUCCUCACAAAUGGUACCCAUCCCAAUUGA